UGAACGUAAGCAGCAAGAACUCGAAUGCUCAAAUGGUGUCUUAAAGUUUUACCUUAAACUUAGUGUUUAGUUGUUAAUAUAAUGUGUUAGUUGUUUCCGUCGAUCCAUUGAACUCCAUUGAUCCGGGGGAAUUGAAUGCAACCAAUGUUGCGGACGGUUUUACUACUGUAAAUUACGGGAAAUAAUCGUGGACGGGGCUGGCGAUCGAGGGCUGCAGACACCCGAGACGAAUGAUUUUAGUACGUAACUCUUGUCUAGGUGCUACGUGCGGCAAUCUUAUCGCCGGGUCAACUCAGUAUUUAUUUUUAUGUAAUCGAAUUGUCGUGCGGCUGGAGUAAACUGCUUUUUACGUGGGGGAGAGGAUUUUUGGCUCCGGGACUGAGGGCUCGGUGCGUUAUUAUUGUUCGUUGGGAUUGUCUGUUGGCGGGCCUUUCGAAAUACUUUUUUUCGCCGAUUUUGUGGAGUAAUUAGUGGGAAUUGGGCACCCGAGGGCUCGGGAUUUUUUCAAGAUCAGAGGUAAUUUGAUGGUGUGGGAGUUGAUGAAUGAAUGAGGAGAUUGUCCCCGAGGACAGGCAGAGCAGUAGCGUUGAAGUACAGCCAGCUGAUGAUCACAGUGCCCACGUUAUGCCACUACUGUACAUUCAGCCGAAUAAACUGGGCAGUGGUCAGUCACCUACGACGAGUCAGCCCCUGUUGGGAGGUAAUCAGUCCCAGCUGACUGCGAUAAUCAACCCCAUCAGCAGUCCACUCGUCGCGAACCAGAAUAAAGUUUUUUUCCAGAGCCCCAGUUCAGGGGCUCUACCCCAGAACAAGCAACACAUUGUGAUAAGACAUCCAAAUGUGAUAGGAAAUGUGAGCGCAGCACCUCAGAGUCAGGGACAGAAGCACAUACUUCUGAGAGGGCCAAACACAUCAAAUGCCCAGAUUCUCCCAUUGAACAGUGCAACACCUGGAGCUGUAGCUCCAGCAGGAGCCCCCGGUGGUAAGCACGCGUUUGCCUAUCUGGGGACACUCAUCAAGCCGAAUAAAACGAGGGAAUCUGUCGUGAUUCCUGCAGGUGCGAUUCCUGCACCUCAGAUACAGAAACCGAAGCUGGUGAUAGCCCCGAUGAUCCCUGGCAUUGGGCAGACAUCAACCAGCUCGACACCAGUGUCGCAAUCUCAACCCCAAAAGCACAUGGCUAAUUUGAUUUUACCAGUGUCAAUUGGUCAGUCUACUGGAGCCAGCAAACAAAGUACGUUGAACCUACAUUUCAGCAAUGGUCAAAUUAGUACUGAUAGCAAAGGAACCUUCACAGUGCUGCGAGAGUCAAAAUCCACGAAUGCCUCCUCAUACCCGCCCCCGCUGCACCCAAUAACGAAGAUGAGUCUUCUGAAUGUCAACAAGAAUCCCAACAAUUCCUCAGACAGUAUAAAGAUAACCGAGAAUCCAGACUCAGCUGUAAUAACUCCGAUUCCGAAGAAGGAGGAGACGAUGGCGUCGGAGAAGCGAAAGAAAACGAUCAGUAAUAUUCUGCGAGGCUCCACUGAGAAGAGACCGAAGAAGCAGAUAUUUCCGAAGAAUCAGGACAGCAUGGACAUCAGUUAUUCCGUCAGCAGCCCGGAGGGGGAUCAGGACAGUGGGAAGAAGUCGAAUGACGACGAGAUCACUCUCAUCAAAGUGGUGCAGGGGGAGGACAAGGCCAGGAGAAAAUCGUCGGUUGAUGAUGACAUCAAAAUUGAGGUUGUCAAGAGUACCAGCAGUGGAGGAGGGGCUUCUGGGGCUGACAGGCAGGACAGGAAGAACGAGAAGACCAAUGGGAACUGCGAGGAUAUCAAGGAGAUAAUUCAUGGGAAUCACAGCGAUCCCAAUUUCGAUGCUGCCAAGGCUUUGGACUGGAAGGAUGGGGUUGGCUCACUACCUGGGAGUAGUUUGAAGUUUCGCAUCAACGAAUUCGGUAUGAUGGAAGUCGUCGAUGAGGACGAGAACUCCAAACAGGACAAGCACAACAGCGGAGACAAAGAGAACGUCUGUCUAUCCCGAAAUUCAACAAAAUCUACUCCUGUAACCGCCACCAGUGAUAAGAAGAAUGAAGACAAAAAAUCUCGACAAUCAGUCAGUGCGGAUACUUUAUACUGCUGUGAGAGUUGUGGAUGUUUCGGCAUGGCUGCUGAAUUUGAAAGUCCAAUAUCGUGCAGUCCAGCUUGCACUGAGAGGAUUGGAGAGAAGAAACAGCUUGCUAUGAAGAAGGAGAAGGAAGCAAGAGAGCUACGAGCCAAACGAAAGCGUAAGAAACUGCUGAUGCAAGAGCAAAACUCAAAAGAGUCCACCGAAAAACCACCUGAAGUAGAAAACAGGGAAAAAGAGAAGGAGAAAGAAAUUGAAAAGGAAAAACGAAAGGCGCGGGAGAGAAUUCAGAGGGAGGAUCGCAUCAAAUAUGAAAGUGACGAGUCGAGAGAUACUUCAACGACUAAUAUGGAUGAGGAGAGUCAAAGCGAGAAAAUUGAGCUCAAGUACCCCUGGCAAACCGGAAAACACGGAUUUUCGUGGUCCAAGUACCUCGAGCAUUGCAAAUCAAAGGCUGCACCAGUAAAACUGUUCAAAGAUCCAUUUCCAUACGGAAAAAAUUUGUUCAAAGUUGGAAUGAAACUCGAGGGCAUUGAUCCUGAACAUCCCUCGCGCUACUGCGUCCUGACUGUAUUCGAAGUAGUUGGCUAUCGAAUACGUUUGCAUUUUGAUGGAUAUCCUGAGAACUUUGACUUCUGGGUAAAUGCCGAUUCUAUGGAUAUUUUUCCGGUUGGAUGGUCUGAGAAGAAUGGACACAAAUUGGAUCCACCCAAGGGUUACGUACCGACUAAUUUCAGUUGGAAUGCGUAUUUGAAGACUUGCAAGGCUACUCCGGCACCUAAGACAGCAUUUUCCAGCAAAAGUGCUGUCUUCCCCCCCACGAGUUUUCGCAUCGGCAUGAAGCUGGAGGCAGUGGACCGUAAGCACUCCUCCCUGGUCUGCGUAGCCAGCAUCGCCGGUCUCAUGGACUCCCGCAUCCUGGUGCACUUCGACUCCUGGGACGAGGUUUACGACUACUGGGCGGACGCCAGUUCCCCGUACAUCCACCCAGUGGGUUGGUGCUACCACAACGGCCACAGCCUGACGCCCCCCAACAACUACAAGGACGCCAAGUCCUUCACCUGGGACGCCUACUUCCGGGAGACGAGAUCAGUGGGGGCCCCAGCACGAGCUUUCAAGCAGAGGCCCCCCUGUGGCUUCAAGAGAGGAAUGAAAUUCGAGGCAGUGGACAAGAGAGUCCCCCAGCUGAUUAGAGUGGCCACUAUUGAGGACGUCAAGGACCACAUGAUUAAAAUACGCUUCGACGGCUGGCCAGAGAGUCAUGCCUACUGGCUGGACGACGACUCCCCGGACAUUCAUCCUGUUGGCUGGUGCAACAAGACUGGACAUCCCCUGGAGCCCCCACUCACCCCUGAGGUCAUCGCGGAGAAGACGGAGUGCGGAACAUCUGGCUGUCGUGGCAUUGGCCACAUCAAGGGGCCCAAGUUUGCCACUCACAAUUCACCCUCUGGCUGCCCCUACUCCUCCCAGAAUCUUCACAAAAUUAGACUGACCACUGACAGACUCAAUGUCAAACACGAAAUCUGCGACUACGACGAGGACUCGCUGGACAGGGCCAAGGGCGACAGCACCCUGUGGAGGAUGAGGGAUAAGUAUCAUCAUGAGGGGAAACAUGUGAAGAGUGAGAAGGAUGUCAAGGUGGAGUACGAGGAGUUUGAUGAGGUGCCAGAGAGCAGAUCGAGCAAAAAACAUCAUCACAGUGAUGGAAAUACUGAUGAGGAGGAGCAUACGUCGAGAAAACGUAGGAAAAGACGUCAUGUAUCCGAGGAGCCUCCCUGCCCUCCAAACUCUGGAUUCGAAUCAAUGACUACUUACGCACCAAAUAUGCCUGACAAACAACUACGUACCGAGCUGUAUCAAUCUGUUUACGAUCCCGGAUACAGUCCACUGCCGGAUGCACCACACGUAUGGGCGAAACACAGUAAUGCACUGAAUCGUGUAGUUGCCAAACAGAACACCAAUCCCAGGAGAUGGUCUAAUGAGGAAGUCAUCAAGUUUAUACAGAGUGUCCCUAAUUGCAAGGAUGUGGCUAGCAUUUUCAGAAAACAUAGUAUUGACGGUGAGGCAUUUUUAAUGUUGACUCAAGAAGAUUUGGUAUCACUCCUGGGUCUCCGUCUCGGCCCAGCCAUAAAACUGUACAACAGUAUUGUACUUCUGCGUCGACGUGCCACAUGAAACGUGCUCAACAUUUUAACACCCACCAACUGAUCAUGUUCAUUGUAAUUUUCACCAUUAUUCUCUUUCAUUCUGCCCGGGAGAGCCCGGCAAUUAAGCUCAUUAGCGAGUGGUAGAUUGCCACUGUACUUUACGGGGGUUUUUUUCUUCACAAGAGUAAAGUCGAGGAUUAUUAUUAAUGAUUCAUUUCAACAUGUGGAGCAUGAGGACGAAAAAGUACUUCAAGAUUUAGCUCUUAAAUAUUUAUCUAUUCUUAUCAUGGAGGUACAUUGGACUGUACAAAAUGUAUAUAAAUAGUUGUUAUGGUAUCUGUAGAUAUUGGUAAAGUGUAAUGGAAAUAAAGAAGGAUUUUUUUAAUGU